AUGCAAUUGCGGUUGGAGGCAGUACAGCCUUACACUCUCUUUCCGCUCAAUAAGCCGACCUCGUUUGUGAGCAACCCUUCACGGCAACAAUGUAUGUUUCCACCACCUCCACCACCGCCGCCAUCACUCCAACAACAUCAUCAUCAUCGCCAUCAUCAUCAACAACAACAACCCUCUUAUUCGAUUGCCAAACAACAGCAACGUCAUCGACAUCCAUCAGCUUUUGAACCGGUAUUGGCGACCCCUUCACCACCACCCGUCAAAGUGGAUACGAUUUCUCAAGUAGCUGAUUAUGCGGCAUCGAUUGUCUAUUUGAUGUGGCAUGGGCGGAAAAAGACAAUGACCACCACCAACAAUCAUACCGCUCAUUAUCGACAGCAUUAUACGGUAGAUGCAACUAAGCCAAGCGCUGCAUUCAAAAAGUUUUGUUUGCAGCUGCUGACUGCAACUCAGCUGUCUCAAAAUGCGGUGUACCUUGCACUCAACUACGUCUGUGCUUUGUUACGAACCAGUCCUAAUAUCGAAGGUGCCGAGGGUUCCGAAUACAGAUUAUUCACGGUGGCUCUCAUGUUAGCCAACAAAUUCUUGGAUGACAGCACUUUUACAAACAAGACGUGGUCUGAAGUAUCGGGUAUGAAGUUGCAUGACUUGAAUACCAUGGAGGCCGAAUUCCUUGAAGUCAUUGGCUACGGUCUUUUUGUAUGUCAAGAUGAAUUUGACCAAUGGAAACAUGCGGUGGAAGGGUGCCGCAUACACGUGGAGAGGAUGUCGAUGGAUGGAUAUCAGUAUUACCUGGACAAUCUUAUCCAAGCUGUGUUGUUAUCAUUGGGUCUAUCGGGUCAACAACCAAAACAACAGCAACAACGACAUGCUCCUCCUCCUCCACAAUCUUCCACAACAACAACAACCUUUGAAGAUGAUAACAAGCGACGUUACAAGGAUGCUCUAGAACAACAAGAACGAGCUAUAUGGGAAGCUGCUUUGGAAGCAUCACGACUGCAAGUGGAAAAUCGACAACGUCAGCAUAAUCUGUACUUGUAUGCCAAGGCACAUGCAUUGGAUACUUGGGGCCCUCCAGAGACACCCACAUUGCCACGUCGCCAAACAGCACCACCUCCUCCCAUUAGUCGCCAAGGUAGCAAUUGCAGCAACAAUAGCAGCACAAGCUUGCUUCCUCCACCCUUAUCAUCGACACCUGAUCGGCGUGCUAGUUUUGCUUCAUCCAUGAUGCUGCCUACUACUACUGCUACUAGUGCUGCUGAAUACUUUCAUGCUCCUAUUGAUACUGCUCGCAAGGUGGAUUUCUUUCAGGCCCCAGAACAUCUUGAUACGCGUGCAUCCAAAUACGAGUAUCACUAUCCCCCACCUGGUUUAGUGGACCCAUCGUACAAUUGGAAUCAUUCACACCCUGUCAGCUGGUCAUCCUAUCCAUUACCAGAAACACCAGCUGUCACUCCAUCUUGGUGCAAGGAUUUCCUUUAA